AUGUUUCUAGACUUAGUAUUCAAUUUUUGUUGCUCUAAACGGCAGAAAGAUGAUAAAGAUACAAUAUCUUAAAAUAGUAAUAAAAGUCAAGAGGAGUAAAUAAUUUAACAAAAAAGAAUGGAGUUAAACCUAGAGAAAGGAGUUACAAAGGAGAUAUAAAGUAGCAAAAUAUUGAGUUUUAUAAGAAUCAUAAGCAUAAUCAUCUAUAGUAUCCCCAACUGACAAUUAUUUCUAAUUGAAUGAUGAAAAGUAAUAAAAAAAGAGUAGUUUUGAAGAAGAUAAUAUUGAUGAGAAUCAAUUGAAUUUUUAAGGUAAUGAGGAAUCAAAAUUGAAUCAUAAUCAUGUUAAAGAUCAUUUAGUAAAACGGUAAAUAUAAUUAAUUCUAAAUAAAAUAGUUCUAAGUCUUAAGAGAAAUAGGAGAAGGGUUUAAAAAAGAAAAUAAACAAGAACAAAGAGAAAAUUGAUGGAGAUAAAAGAGUUGUGAAGAUUUGGUAACCAGAAGAAGAUUAAAGAUUGAGAAAACUAUAUCAAGAAUAUUAAGGAAAUUGGAGCAAAAUUAUUUAAUAUAUGCCAGAUAGGAAUAUUUCAUAAUGUUCUUAAAGAUGGAGAAGAAUAAAUCCAAUAUAAGUGAAUUAGUUAUUUUAUUUUAGAGUAAAUAAAAGUGGACACAUGAUGAGGAUACUAAGUUAAUUUCUAUGGUUACAAUUGAAGGCAAAAAUUGGACUAAAUUAGCUAAAAAUUUUCCAGGAAGAACAGGAAAACAGAUUCGAGAAAGAUAUUUGAAUAAAUUAGAUCCAAAUCUUAAUUUUGUUGCAUGGACAGAAUAAGAAGAUUAAGAAAUAGUGAAAUAUUAUAAUUAAUAUGGAGCUAAAUGGAGUUUAGUUGCUUAAAAUUUAAAAGGAAGAUCUGUAUACAUUUUAGAUAUUUAGGAAAAUAUGGUGAAGAAUAGAUUUUAUUCACAUAUUCAAAAACAUCUUUUAGGUAGAUAAAAUAAAUAUUAAAUAAUAUAUAAAUAAGGAAAGAAUUAAUAAUAAUAAAAUGGAAUUUCAUAAACAUUUGAAAGAAAUUAGAAUAUGGAUGUUGAAUAUUCUGACACUUCUAAUAGUGAUAUGAAGUUAGUACAUUCUGAAAAUUAUUCAGUAUUAUUUAGAUUCCAAUAUUUUAGUCUUCGAUUGGAUCAAGUACAUUUACUUUUUCUUAUUAUGAUAAUGAUGAAUUUAGUGGAAAUGGAGAAGAUUUGGAUUAUGAUAAUUAAUUUGAUCAUGAAUUCGAUGAAAAGGCAAGAUUAUAUUGA